AAAAUGGGUUAAAUUAGUAUUAAUUAAUAUUAAGGAAACAGAGAUGAUUAAGGGUGGGCUUGCAGAGAAAAAAAAAUACCUCUGCAUUGCUCUGAAAACGGCAAACCUUUAUUGACACUAUAAUUAAUAGGCUAUAUGGCUGAAGACGUAUAGCCUACGUGCCAAGGAUGCAAAUCAUUGACAGAACGUCAGCGGGCAACUCAAACAAGCAUUUGACUGCUUUGCUUCUGUUUUAAAUGUCAACAAAAGCAGUGUUAAAAACGGCAUUAUUAUAUUUAAAAAAUCAUAUCACUACUAUCCAUGUAAUGUAUCCUGUAAACUCCCCAUGAAGUUCCUAAUUCUCGUCACUUUUGCAUCUGUAUAAUGAUUAAUAAAUAAUGGACGCAUUAUAAUUUCGCCAGCAGCAUUACAUUUUUAUCACUGCGCAUGAUCUGACCCAGCUGGGUUUCGUUUUUGAUGUUUGUAAACAGAAACUGACGCUCAGCUGAUUGAGUUUCCGUCUCUGUUGGCAAGGAGUGCCCUGCAGCCCUGUAUUUAAGACGCGUCAACAUCCAGUGCGAACACAGAAAGUGUGAUACGGCUGGUUUGAAGAUGCAGUUCUCCUCUGUGGUCGCGUCUCCGAUGCUGCUGCUGCAGCUCUGCAUCAGCACCCUGCACUACAUUUUGGCCAGGGUCUUUUCAACAGUUUGUUACUGGAGAACAACCUCUCCUGUUUCACCUGUUGACAGAAAAGUGGACCAAAGGAAAGUCCGAAAUGCGACGACUCCAACUAGUGUCAACUAUCAUUUUACACGCAAGUGUAAUUACAAAUGUGGAUUUUGCUUCCACACUGCUAAAACAUCCUUCGUCCUGCCUCUAGAGGAAGCCAAGAGGGGCCUGAAACUCCUGAAGGAAUCGGGCAUGGAAAAGAUCAACUUCUCUGGAGGAGAGCCUUUCUUGCACGAUAAAGGAGAGUUUCUGGGAAAAUUAGUCCAGUACUGUAAACAGGACCUCCAGCUCCCGAGUGUCAGCAUCGUCAGCAAUGGAAGCAUGAUCAAAGAAACAUGGUUUCAGAAAUAUGGUGACGAUCUAGACAUCCUGGCUAUCUCCUGUGACAGUUUUGAUGAAGCAACCAACCAGCUGAUUGGCAGAGCUCAGGGCAAGAAGAGCCACGUGGACAACCUGCACAAGAUCAGGAACUGGUGCCAGCAGUACAAAGUGGCUUUUAAAAUCAACUCGGUCAUCAACACCUUCAACAUGGACGAAGACAUGACGGAGAACAUCCUCCAGCUUAACCCAGUCCGCUGGAAGGUGUUUCAGUGUCUGCUGAUUGAUGGGGAAAAUGCAGGAGAGAGCGCCCUGAGAGAGGCAGAGAGGUUCAUCAUCAGUGAGCAGCAGUUUCAGGAGUUUCUGGAUAGACACAGCAGCGUCUCCUGCCUGGUUCCUGAGUCCAAUGAGAAGAUGAGGAAUUCCUACCUGAUCCUGGAUGAAUAUAUGCGUUUUCUGGACUGCCGAGAGGGAAGGAAGGACCCGUCCAAGUCCAUCCUUGAUGUCGGUGUGAAGGAGGCCAUUUGCUUUAGUGGCUUUGAUGAAAAGAUGUUUCUUAAGAGAGGAGGGAAAUAUGUGUGGAGCAAAGCCGACAUGAAGCUGGAGUGGUGAAAACCUGCAACUCAAUUUUGAUUUACCUUUUGCUGAGUGAUUGCACAGAUCAUUUCAUCUUGUUUAAUUACAUAUAUGUGUGUGUCUGUGUGUGUGUGUGUGUGUGUGUGUGUGUGUGUGUGUGUGUGUGUUGUGUGUGUGUGUGUGUUUAUUUACAUGUGUUACUUACAACUUACUGCACUACUUGUAGUUGUUGUAAAACAGUGUUAAAAGAUGUUAAAUUAAAUAUUGAGUUGAUAUAUACUGUAUAUAUAGUUAUAUAUUAUAUAUGUAUAUUGUUUUCUUGCACACUUCUGUGAUCAAAUAUGAUUUACUAAAAUAUUUUUUCAUAAACAA